CUGUGGCGGCGCUCUCAGCCACGGCAGUCGACAGUCCAGCCGCAGCCAGGGCGGCGCAGCAGACAAUAACCCGGCCAGGAGCCGGACCGGGCCGGACCCCACUGUGAUGCUUCCUUAGUGAUGAUAUUAUAACAGUGCCUGCAAGCCCAAGGCUGCACUUCCAGCUGAAAGUACCCGAGUUGUCCCCAUCACCAUGGAGACCCAAAAGGAUGAAGCUGCUCAAGUCAAGGGAGCUGCAGCUUCUGGGAAUACCCAGGACCAAGCUGCUGAGGAAGGAGCCAAGAACAAGGCAGCUGAGGCAACAGAACGACCAACACCAGAGCAGCCCUCAUCUGGCCCAGGUAAGCUGAAGAAAACUGCCAUGAAACUCUUUGGUGGCAAGAAGGGUAUCUGUACUCUGCCUAGUUUCUUUGGAGGGGGACGAAGCAAAAGUUCUGGGAAAGGCAGCUCCAAGAAGGGCCUCAGCAAGAGCAAGACCUACGAUAGCCUGAGUGAAGCAGCCCGUGGCCCUGCAGACGUUGUCAGCAAAGGAACUGGAUUCCCCCUACCUUUGCCUGAGUCACCCUGCCAAUUUCCCAGUUCCCAGAGUGCCCAUGGGGCCUUGGAGACAGGCUCCAGAUAUAAGACGUCUGUGGCUGGAGCCACAGAGAAAGCUGGGACUGAGAAGGUUUCCUCUGUGCCCAAGCCAAAGAAAGGCCUAAAAGGAUUUUUAAGCAGUAUCCGCCGUCACCGAAAGAGCAAGGUUGCUGGGGCUGAGAAAAGUGAGCCAGAGGCCAAGAGGCCUGAAGGGGCUAGAGCCAGGCCUCAAGAGCAUGUGAACUCAGCCCCUCUGCCUCAAUCUGAGGAGCCCUUCCAAGCCGCUAGAGAGGAAAAUGCCAAAUCCCAAGAUGCCCCCGGGGCAAAAGUUUCUCCAGCACCAGAACCUUCUCCACCAGCUACUGAGAUGGCCUGUAAAGAUCAAGAAAAACCCAUGGAGGCCUAUGUCUCAGCACUCACGCAGCCCAAGCCUGCCCUUGAAGCCAGUUGCCCUGAGGACCCCCACAGCCCAGACACAGGGGAGAAGGUGGUGACAGGAGAGGUAAAUCCCUCCAAUGGUCCUGUGGGGGACCAGCUGAGUCUUCUGUUUGGGGAUGUCACAUCCCUGAAAAGCUUUGACUCACUGACAGGUUGUGGUGAUAUUAUUGCAGAACAGGACAUGGACAGUAUGACAGACAGCAUGGCCUCUGGGGGCCAGAGGGCCAACCGAGAUGGGACCAAGCGAAGUUCCUGCCUGGUGACCUACCAAGGAGGUGGGGAGGAGAUGGCCUUACCAGAUGAUGAUGAUGACGAGGAAGAAGAGGAGGAAGAAGAAGUGGAAUUAGAGGAGGAAGAAGAGGAGGUCAAGGAGGAGGAAGAAGAUGAUGACUUAGAAUAUCUGUGGGCAAGUGCCCAAAUAUACCCAAGGCACAAUCUGAACCUGGAGUACAAUCCCACCACAUCCCCAAACCACCAUGGCUACAUGCUCCUUGACUCAGUUCAGUCUUAUGCUGGCCUAGCCCCUGGUGAACUUUUGACUCCUCAGAGUGACCAGCAAGAGUCUGCCCCCAAUAGUGACGAAGGUUAUUGUGACUCCACCACACCUGGAUUUGAGGAUGAUUCAGGUGAGGCCCUGGGGCUUUUCCACAGGGAUUGCCUACCCCGAGACAGCUACAGUGGAGAUGCCCUAUAUGAGUUCUAUGAGCCAGAUGACAGUCUCGAGAACUCUCCACCUGGAGAUGACUGCCUUUAUGAUCUCCAUGGUCGCAGCUCUGAGAUGUUUGACCCCUUCUUGAGCUUGGAGCCCUUUUCUUCCUCCAGGCCACCUGGGGCAAUGGAGACAGAGGAAGAACGACUAGUGACCAUCCAGAAACAGUUGUUGUAUUGGGAGCUUCGGCGGGAGCAACUUGAGGCCCGGGAGGCACGUGCCCAGGAUGCUCAUGCCAGGGAGGCCCACAUCAGGGAGGCCUAUAUCCGAGAGGCUCAUGGCAGGGAGGCCUAUGCUGGAGAAGCCCAUGCUCAGGCUUAUGCCAGGGAGUCCCGAACCCAAGAGGCUCAGGCCCAAGAGGCCCAGAUCUGUCAGGAGAAGCCUAUCUUGGAGUAUCAGAUGAGGCCCUUAGGCCCGUCAGUAAUGGGCCUGGUGGUAGGGGCAUCAGGGGCUUCUCAGACUUCCCACCGAGGAACCACCUCAGCUUUCCCCACCACUGCGAGCAGUGAGCCAGACUGGAGGGACUUCCGUCCUCUGGAGAAGCGUUUCGAGGGAACUUGCUCCAAGAAAGAUCAAAGUACUUGCCUGAUGCAGCUUUUCCAGAGUGAUGCUAUGUUUGAGCCAGACAUGCAAGAAGCAAAUUUUGGAGGAUCUCCCAGGAGGGCCUACCCUACUUACUCACCCCCUGAGGAGCUAGAGGAAGAGGAGGUUGAGAAGGAAGGAAGUGCCACUGUGAGUUUCUCACAGGCCCUUGUGGAGUUCACCAGCAAUGGAAACCUCUUCUCUAGCAUGUCCUGCAGUUCUGACUCUGACUCAUCCUUCACUCAAAACCUCCCUGAGCUGCCCCCCAUGGUGACCUUUGACAUUGUUGAUGUGGAACGGGAUGGGGAAGACAAGUGUGAAGAAAAUUCUGAGUUUCACAAUGAUGAAGACCUUGCAGCCUCCUUGGAAGCUUUUGAGUUGGGCUACUACCACAAACAUACCUUCAACAACUACCGCAGCCGAUUCUACCAAGGCCUAUCCUGGGGUGUGAGCAGCCUUCCUCGAUACUUGGGACUGCCUGGCAUGCACCCUCGACCUCCACCUGCCACCAUGGCUCUCAACAGGAGGAGCCGCUCCCUCGACACUGCGGAGACCCUGGAGUUGGAGCUCUCCAAUUCCCAUCUGGCCCAGGGCUGCCUGGAGUCUGAUGAGCUUCAGGCCCAGCAGGAAGAUUCAGAUGUAGAAAAUGAAGAGGAGGAAGGAGAAUGGGGCCGAGACAGUCCUAUGUCCCUCUAUACUGAACCCCCAGGGGCCUAUGACUGGCCUGCCUGGGCUCCCUGUCCUCUUCCGUUGGGGCCAGGCCCUUCCCAGAUAAGCCCCAGCCAGUUGGAUGAAUCUUCCAGCCAGUCUCCAUAUGGGCAGGCAACCUCUUGUGUACCUCCUGUGGCCAUGUCAAUGUCGCUGUCAGUGCCAGGGCCAGAGCGAAGGGCACCCAGGGAAUGUGGGCCUCAGCUUGUUCGGCCUUCACACCUACCCCUGCCCAUGGGCCCCUGCUAUAAUCUCCAGCCACUGGCCUCCCAGAGUAUGAGGGCCAGGCCUAGAGAUGUGUUGCUGCCUGUCAAUGAAUCCAGUUGCUCCUCCAGUUCUGGAGGCUUUAACCACAGCACUGUGCCCCAGGCCAAGCCUGUGGGCAUCACCCAUGGCAUCCCUCAGCUGCCCAGAUUCCAGCCUGAGCCCCACCAGCCCCCUCACUACAGGGCUUCCAGCCUUGACCUGUCAAAGGAGAGGGCCAAGCAAGGUGCCUCUGUCCCCACCAGUUAUUCCUCUAAUGUCGUGAAUGGAAACCUAGCCAAGUAG